AUGGAUGUUAAUAAGGGUACAACACAGGGGAGCGUAAGUGGCCCCUACCUUUUUAAUAUUUUCCUAAAUGAUCUAGAGGUGGACAUAGACGGCGAGAACGCUCUUUUUAAAUAUGCGGACGAUUCAAAUAUAAUAGUGCCAGUUUGGAGUGAGGGUCCUGAUACAUCAACAGAUACAGUUGGACAAUUCCUGAGCUGGUCUGAUGAUAAUUUUAUGACUCGUAACCCUGGUAAAUGUAAAGAGCUUAUCAUCCGGAAGAAGGGAUAUAAUGAUCAACUUGACAAUGUUUAUAAUAUACCCCAAUGCAAAGAACUUCCCAUUUUAGGUACUACUUUUCAAGACAAUCUCAAGUUCACCAGUCAUGUGCGAG